UCCCCUCACGCCACGCCUCCUCCUCCAACACCACGCCCCCUACCCCACGCGUUUCAUCCACGUGCCGGGGCCCCCUCCACUCUGCUCCGUUCUCGACCAUCUUCGGCCUUGGAGAGCGGUUCUGCUGCGGUGAUCAGCGUCGGACUUGGGGACGCCUCAGCCGAGGGGGCGGGUGGCCGACAGCGCGCCGUUGCCGUCGCAGCUUCACCCGGCGAUCGCAACCCGACGGACCCAACCCCGAAACGAGAUAUGGCCGACGUUGCCGAGCAGGAGCAGCUCGUGCUGCAGGAGCAUCAUCGGGAGCAGCCGCAGGAGCAGCAGCAGCAGGAGCAGCAGCAGGAGCAGCAGCAGCAGCCGCCGCAGCAGCAGCAGCAGCAGCAGGCCGACCUCACGCCCGCGUCCUUCCGGCCCGGAUCGUGGUCGGAGACCGAGACCAACGCUCUGCUGGACGCGUGGGCCGACCGCGACAUCCAGGACUCGCUGGCCCUCGCCCCGCACGAGCAGGCGUGCGUGUACGAGCGCGUGCGCGACCGCCUCGUCGCGGCGCUGCCCGGCUCCCAGCGCUCGGCGCAGGACUGUCGCCUGCGCAUCCGGAAGCUCAAGAUGGUGUACGCCAAGUCGCGCAAGGCGGUGGCACAGGCGCAGGAGCAGGGCACGGUGCGCCUCUCGCGCUCGCCCUACUACGAGAAGCUGGACAAGGUGCUGGGGCACAUGCCCAUGGCGGCCGGGGUGGUUCGCGGCGGCCGAGGAGGGAAAGGAGCGGAGAGCUCUUACGAGGAACUGGACGAGUUCGACGUGGACUUCGGCAAGGUGGGUAUCGACCGCUUCCACGAGGACUCCCACGUCGACUUCUCGUCCAGCGACAGCAUUGGCAGCUUCCUGCAGGACGCCUCGGCCAAGUCCGGCGGCUCGCUGUGGAAGCCGUGGGACGUGCGCGAGACGAGCGCCCUGCUCGACGUGUGGCUGGCGCCCGACAUGCAGGCGGCGCUGGUGGCGGAGCCGCGCGGCGCCGCCACCAGCGUGUACGGGCGCGUGCGCGACGGCCUCGUCGCGGCGCUGCCCGGCUGCCGGCGGACGCCGCACGAGUGCCGGGCGCGCAUCAAGAAGCUCAAGAUGAUGUACGCCAAGGCGCGGCGGGUCGCGGCCGGUCAGGCGCCCAAGCACAGCGCCGACCGGUUCACUCACUCGCAGCUCUUCGACAAGAUGGACCGGGUGCUGGGACGGGGCCAGCAGGGCGGGGAGGCCGAGGCGCUCGCCGUGGACGACGCCGACGACGACGAAGCGAUGGCCGCCGAGGGCUUCCUCGACUCCCCGAUGCACCAGACUUGUUCCGUGCCGCAGUCCCCGGCGACCCGUGGCGGCGGCUCCGGCGGCGGCGGCGGCGGCGGCGCUUGCUGGUCGGUGUCCGAGACCAACGCCCUGCUUGACGUGUGGGCCGAGGACGACAUCCAGGCGAUGCUGGCGUCGCCGACGGCGCGCAACAACGCGUGCGUCUACGACCUGGUGCGCGACCGCCUCGCCGCGGCCGCGCCGCCGCCGUCGCCCGACGCGCCGCCGCGCUCGGCGCAGGACUGCCGCCUGCGCAUCAAGAAGCUCAAGACGGUGUACGCCAAGUCGCGCAAGGGCGUGGCGCAGGCGCAGGAGCAGGGCACCGCGCGGGCCUCCAAGUCCCCCUACUACGAGAAGCUCGACAGGGUGCUGGGCCACCUGGCCGUCAGGGAGGCCAACGGCACGGCGGCGAGCGUCAAGCGGGCGGCGGCGGCGGCGGACGUCGGGAAGGCCGCAUCCACGCCAGCUGCCUUGCCCGCCGUGUCGGAGCGGAGGGGCGUGAAGCGCCACGGCUCCCCGGGCGACGAGGGCGAGGCGCCGGGCAAGGCGGCGCCCGAAGCCGGCGGCGGCGGCGGCGGCGGCGUUCAGGCGUCGUCGGCGGCCGCCGUGGAGGAGCUGGUGAGCACCUUCCUGCGGCUGGAGGAGCGCCGCGAGCGCCGCGAGCGCGAGCUGGAGGCGCGCCUCACGCGCCUCUACAUGCAGUGGGAGGAACGGCGGCGGCGCGAGGACCGCGCCUUCCUCGCCACGCUCGCCGCCAUGCAGGCGCAGAUGCAGGACAAGAUCGUCGGGGUCAUGGCGGCCGCGACGGGGGCGGCCCCGGCCACGACGGUGACGUCUCCUCCUCCUCCUCCUCCUCCCCCGUCGGCGGCCGCGUCGGCCCUCGCGGCUUCCCGAGCCGUUCCGACCGCCGCCGCCGCCGCCGCCGCCGCGGUGACCCCGGGCGACGCGGCGGCGGCGGCGGCGGCGGCGGCCCUGCUGGCGGCCUCUUUGGGGGCUUCCGCUGAGGUGUUCGGCCAGGAUUCCGCGGACGCCUCCUUUGAGGAUUCCGCGGAAAUGGAGACGCCAGUGCGGCCCUGAGGCCAUGGGCGCAGUUCCUUCGCCGGCAUCGGUUAGCCGCGUAGUUUUUUUUUUUUAGUUUGUGUUGUCACGUAAGUAAUGAUUGCUGGCCAAAUCUGGCUGAAUUUUGGCCCGCCCACCACACCAAUCCCCCCCACCCCCCACCCCCUCCUAGUGGGCAAUUGAGAUGUCGUUGUCCAAUCGGAACGGAUUUGACACGCAAAGCAGGCUUUUUGCGACCAAUAUCAUCCACAAUAGAGGUUUUGUUUGGGGUUGGAUCGUGUAAAUAUAAAUGUCGUCAAUUAGUAAGGGGUUUGUCACGUAAACAGAAUGUGGCAAAUUAGUUACUAGUACGGCACUAACCGCUUUGUGUGUUGGAGAGCGAAUCCACAACAUUUACAAUCCUAGUACGACGUUUCGCCAGUAAUUAUAACUAGCAUCAUCAGGCUGACAGCCAGGACAAAUCUCCAACACCGGUUAGUGCUGUACUAGUAACUAAUUGGCACGUUCUGUUUACGUGACAAACCUUAAUAAUUGGCUGUGUCGGGUGGUGGCGGGUUUGAUGACACAACAUUUAUAUUUACGAGAUCUAACCCAACAAAACCUCUGUUAUCUGUGUAGGCCGUUGGUUGGUUCGUGAAACCGUGAUUUCAACAAGCCCGUCUUUCCUUUUUCGGUUCGUCAGUUACGCGGCACAAAGUCACUUCUCGUGCCGUCGCCGCGCCAAUUCUUUCCCCCUGCGGUUAACUCGGAGCCAACGCUUUGCCGACGACGAUUUGCUGCACCAAUUCAACCCCCCCCCCCCAUCGUGCGACCGUGGCCAACUCUCGUUAGCCGAGCCCCCCGAUCGAUGCAACACGUAUGUUUAUUUUAUUUCCCACCACCGUACGUAGCCGACCGCGCUAAUCGGAGGUGGGGGGGGGGGGGAAGUACAACAAACGAAACGCAACAACAAAAAGCAGUUGUAAUGAAAGGCGUUAGUCAAUCUAGAUGAUGAUGAUGAUUUAAAAGUGCAUCAUAGCUCCCAAGUGGCUUCCUAAUAUUGGAAGGAAGAGCCAUUCCAGACGGCCGCAGAAGCGCGCGUCUGAUGGAGCCACGCGUCUGAUGGAGCCGCGCGUCUGAUGGAGCCGCGCGUCUGAUGGAGCCGCGCGUCUGAUGGAGCCGCGCGUCUGAUGGAGCCGCGCGUAUGAUGCGGUGACCACCGUUUUUAUUUUGGCGGUUAGCCACAAGCCGCCGCUGCUGCGAGGAUGACGACCCACAUUUGCGUGACGCGGGAUUUUGAUGGUUGACUGUCACGAUUUUCUCUCUCGAUUCUGGGUUCACGAUUUGGAUUCAAGAAUCAAAUAUUUGUUGUCGUCGUCGAUUAACAUUGUUCACCUCCUAGCAGCGGCGAGAUUUUGACACGAAAGUGAAAUUUCGUUCUUUUUGGGCGAAUACGACACGGAAAUCAAAAGUGCGGUCGGUUCCGUGCGUGCGCGCACACGCGCAAUGCCGAUGUCCCAACGCACGGAGCACGAGGCCGAGCUUCGAUGCGACCCGGAGCAUUGCGCGAGGGGAUUCAUUUGUUGGCGAGAUCGGCAAAAGGCGUGCGCCGGUUUCUCCUGCGGGUUUUCUCCACCGUCAAAAGGAACCUUGGAAAAAUUAUUUUAGCGGCGAUGCGGCCGCUGCGUUGUCAGUGUCGUGCGUCGAGCACGACACAGGGACACGCGCUCUGUCUCUCUCUCUCUCCGUGUCCCGCGGAUCCGUCAGUAACGCUGCGUUCGUGCGGCCUUGAAAGGAAAAAUCUGUAAUCGGUGCGACGUUCCAGGCGAUCCCCCCUGCCCCGCCCCGCCCCGCCCUUCUUUCGUAGCACGAUUAAUUCCACCCGUGCUCUCUGAUGAAGGCCCGUUGCUGGACAUGUCACCGAUGGUAUACUUUUCCUUGGAAGGCAAAAUCGGAAACGCCCUUUGUUCGUUAUUGACAAACGUGUUGAGUUAUUUUUUUUAGCAUUUUAAAAGUUUUUUGGUAAUUGUAACGUGAUUUCCCUUCGCUCCAGCCGAGUCUCCGAUCCCUCCAACCCACCCCUGUCGCCAUCCAUAGGCUACUGUUGCGAUGAACUGUACCGUUGAUGCAAGGACUAAUAAGACUUCGACUUGAGACUCCAGCUUCGGACA